AGCGACCAGAGACCCGGCACCCCUGUUUCGCUGAAGGGUGGUUGAGAGGCUUGCUGGAAGAGGGGUUUUCGAGACCCGGCACCCCUGUUUCGCUGAAGAGGGGUUUUCGAGACCCGGCACCCCUGUUUCGCUGAAGAGGGGUUUUCGAGAGAGAGGGACUCCGCCGCCGUGCAGUGAUGUCACAGAACGCCAAGAACCAGACCGUGGGCCCCGUGGCCCUGCCUGCGGGGAGCCAGGCUCUGAACGGGGGAGUGAAGCUGGAGCAGAGAGAGGGGCCUCCUCGAGGACCACAGCCUGCAGAGCGAUCCGCGGGGAGUGCAGACGAGCCAGUGAAGAAGCGCGGCUGGCCGAAGGGGAAGAAGAGGAAGAAGGUUUUGCCGAACGGGCCGAAGGCUCCAGUGACGGGGUACGUGCGCUUCCUGAACGAGAGGCGGGAGCAGAUCCGCAGCCAGCACCCCGAGCUGCCCUUCCCAGAGAUCACCAAGAGACUGGGGGCCGAGUGGAGCCGGCUGGACGUGUCCGACAAGCAGCGCUUCCUGGAUGAGGCUGAGAAGGAGAAGCAGCAGUACAUGAGGGAGCUGAAGGAGUACCAGCAGAGCGAGGCCUUCCGUCUGAGCAGCGACCAGAUCCAGGACAAGAAGAUCAAGAAAGAGGAGCCGCCCUCUGUGAUCAUCAACGCUGCUGGAACCGGGCUGGGGAUCAAGAGUGGUGACCUGUCAGACCGCUUCUCAAAGUUCGAUGUUCCCAUCUUCACUGAAGAGUUCCUGGACCAGAACAAAGCUCGCGAGUCGGAGCUCCGCAGGCUGCGCAAGGCGAACGUGGAGUUCGAGGAGCAGAACUCUGUGCUGCAGAAGCACAUCGAGGACAUGCACAGCGCCAAAGAGAGGCUGGAGGCGGAGCUGGCGCAGGACGAGCGGGAGACGCAGGUCCUGCAGAAACACCUGGGGGCCAUUCGACAGGCCCUGAGCAGCAGCCUCUCAGGGGUGCCCCUGCCAGGUUCUGGCGAGACCCCCACCCCCGGCACGCUGGACUCCUACAUGACCCGCCUCAUCAGUGUCAUCGAGAGCAGCCCACUGGAGUACAAGAGACUCGUCACCAAGAUAAAGGAUAUCAUCAGCCACCUGGACAGUGAGAACCUGUGAGCUGCAGACACAUUUGAGACGCAUCGCCCCCCCAGUCAGACUGCCCCUUUCCCCCAGAGUGCUGCAGCGCACACCACGGAGCUCAGAGUGCUGUAGCUGUCCUCCCUCACAGUCCCUCCACUCACAGCUGCAGGACAGUGUUUUCAGAGUGCUGUAGCUGUCCUCCCUCACAGUCCCUCUACUCACAGCUGCAGGACAGUGUUCUCAGAGUGCUGUAGCUGUCCUCCCUCACAGACCCUCUACUCACAGCUGCAGGACAGUGUUUUCAGAGUGCUGUAGCUGUCCUCCCUCACAGUCCCUCCACUCACAGCUGCAGGACAGUGUUUUCAGAGUGCUGUAGCUGUCCUUACUCACAGCUGCAGGACAGUGUUUUCAGAGUGCUGUAGCUGUCCUCCCUCACAGACCCUCUACUCACAGCUGCAGGACAGUGUUCUCAGAGUGCUGUAGCUGUCCUCCCUCACAGUCCCUCCAGCCACAGCUGCAGGACAGUGUUCUCAGAGUGCUGUAGCUGUCCUCCCUCACAGUCCCUCCAGCCACAGCUGCAGGACAGUGUUCUCAGAGUGAAUACAGGUAGAAGAGAAGCAUUUCUAAGCUUCGGGUAACUGGUCUCUGUGGAGCUGGUUAGCUUACAAAAUAUCUAUCAUUUUCAAUCAUGUCAUUUAGACUCAGCCACAGGUAUUAGGAAUGAAAACUGUUAGAAAUGCAGGUGAUAUAUAGAUAGAUAUAUAGAUAUUAUUGCUUUUCUGUUAUUUCUUUAUGCAUUAAUGAAAGCCUUGUUAGCAUAAGAAAGCAUGAGAUGCUGAAACGUGUUUUAGAUUUUCAGUGAUCAGAAUGUUGUGAAGUCGUGUGACUCGGUGUAUUUGAACACACAGCUCUGCCCCAUGAAAGAUUGCUUGGGUGUUACUGAGCAACUACACAACCACACACAACACAGCAAUCAAACAGGUACACAACACACACAGCAACAUGGCAUGCAAUCAAUCAAACACAC